AUGUCUCUCGACGGAGACAACAAGGUGACGUACGCAGAGUUCAUGGCGUACUGCGCGGGCCGCCGCAAGAGCGAGGUGCUCUUGUACAUGUACGACCUGACCAACGGCGUCGCCAAGCCGCUGUCUCCAUGGAUUGUCGGCGAUGUCCUGGAAGGCGUUUGGCAUACUGGUGUCGUCGUGUAUGGGAAAGAGUAUUAUUAUUCCAAGGAUACAGUUUAUGCCAACCCUGGAGAAACAAGCUUCGGCGUGCCCGACCGCAUCGUCCAUCUAGGCAGCACGCUGUGGAGACAGGACGAGCUGCAUGAGCACGUGAGCCGCGAGCUGAAACCUGUCUUCCAGCGCGAGACGUACGACGUUGUACGAAACAACUGCAACCACUUCUCGGACCGUGUCUGCAUGUUCCUCGUCCGCAAGCACGUGCCAGAGGAGGUGCUGCGACAGCCCGACAGGCUCUUGCAGUCGAAUUCAGUCAGCAUGCUGAGACCUGCUCUCAAUUGGUACCUGCGGGAUAGGAUCGUCGAGCGUGACAGCUCCGAGCUGCCCCCGGGCAAGAAGCGGCUAGGUGCCGAGGACCACCUCUCCCCGGGCCAGUUCGUCCGCGUGCACCCCGCCGAGGGCGAGGCCUGCCCCGAGCUCGCGCAGGUGUGCCUCCCGCCCGCCAAGCCGCACUGGGAGGCGGCCACCCCGGCCGCCCCCGCGCCCGCCGGGCUUUCGCUGGCCGCCUGCGGCGCGGGCUCGCUGCUGUGGGGCACCUGCGGCCUGGGCCAGGGCUCGGCAGACGCCGCCGACGGCGAUCCGCUCGUCUGGGUCAAGUUCUUCGACGCCAACUGGGAGGGCACCCCGCCGAGCCGCCGCGCGAGGGUUCGCACGGAGCAGGUGCCGCGAUCGCGGCUGUCCCUGGCGCCCCUCGGGCCAGGCGGCGAGCUCAUCUUCUCGAG